AAGUUCUUGAUUUCACUACAGCUUGCUUGACACUCCUCAAUCUGGGAAUAUACACUCACCUACUUUUGAAGAGGAAUGCAGCAAUCGUAGCGACUCGAAGACAAACCAGACUUGAAUCCCAGAGCAUCAUCAUCCCAGUCAGCCCACCAUGGAUGGCUUCAGACAGGAGGAUGUUGAGUUGUUUUAUGAAAUGGAAGAGGAGUUGGGCAGUGGACAAUUUGCCAUCGUUCGCAAGUGUAAAGAGAAGAGCACAAGUAUCGAGUACGCAGCGAAGUUCAUCAAAAAGCGCCGACUGUCGUCCAGCCGGCGGGGGGUGAGCCGCGAGGAGAUCGAGCGCGAAGUCAACAUCCUGCGGGAGAUCCAGCACAGCAACAUCAUCACCCUGCACGACAUCUUUGAAAACAAGGCUGACGUGAUCCUGAUCCUGGAGCUGGUGUCCGGAGGAGAGCUGUUUGACUUCCUGGCUGAGAAGGAAUCCCUGACGGAGGAGGAGGCCACCCAGUUUCUCAAGCAGAUCCUGGAUGGCGUUCAGUACCUGCACUCCAAACGCAUCGCUCACUUUGACCUCAAGCCUGAGAAUAUCAUGCUGCUGGACAAGAACGUCCCAAACCCCAGGAUCAAGCUGAUCGAUUUUGGAAUCGCGCAUCAGAUAAAAGCGGGAAACGAGUUCAAGAACAUUUUCGGAACGCCAGAGUUUGUCGCCCCAGAAAUAGUCAACUACGAGCCGCUCGGACUGGAGGCGGACAUGUGGAGCAUCGGCGUCAUCACGUACAUCCUACUGAGCGGCGCGUCGCCGUUCCUGGGCGAGACGAAGCAGGAGACGCUGACCAACAUCUCGGGCGUCAACUACGACUUCGAUGAAGAGUACUUUAGUAACACCAGUGAGCUGGCAAAGGACUUCAUACGGCGUCUGCUGGUCAAGGACCCUAAGAAGAGAAUGACAAUUGAUGACAGUCUUGAGCACCCUUGGAUCAAGGUCAUUAAGAGGCGAAAUGUCCGCCAGGAGGAGAGAGACCACAAGACAGAGCGCCGGCGCCUGAAAACCACUCGUCUGAAGGAGUACACCAUCAAGUCCCACUCCAGCAUGCCCCCUAACAACACCUACGUCAACUUUGAGCGCUUCUCCCAGGUCCUGGAGGAGAUCGCCGCGGCCGAGGAGGGCCUGAGGGACCUGGAGCGCAACCAGCGCUCGUGCCGGGAGGACGUGGCGGCGCUGCUGUCCAUAUACGAGGAGAAGGAGGGUUGGUACAAGGAGGAGAACCAGAGCAUCUCCAGCGACCUGAGCCACAUCCGCCAGGAGCUGCAGCGCACUCAAGCCCAGCGCAAGAAGAGCCAGGAGGAGGCCCGGCUCACCAUGCAGGCCGCCAACAUCCUCAAGCGCAAGUACGGCCGCCUGGAGAACCGCUACGAGGUCCUGGCCGAGCAGGUGGCCUCCGAAGUCCGCUGGGUGGAGGAGCUGGUCAAGUCCAUGUCGGCGGAGAGGAGCGGCCUCGGCAGCAUGGCCUGAGCGGGGCCGCGGCCCAACAGUGACACUGUGGUUCUGAAGGCUCCUCCCGCCGCCCCGUGCAGUUUCAGUGGGUCGUCAUCGUAAGCCAUGCUGCCCAUCAGGGGCAAAUGUCCCGCCCCUUUUAUGUCGCUUUUCAGAGAACCAGCAAGAGGCAGAGAGGCCAUAUGUUGAAGCCAUUCUGCAUUUCCUCCUUUUUUUAGAAGUUAAUUUAUCCUUUUUUUUAUUUUUACGUAUACCGUUAUGGGACAAACGUUUUAAAAUUUGCAACUAUAUGAACUUUUUGGUUUUGUAUUUUUGUUUAGCCUGGUUAUUAUUAUUUUUUUAAUUGAAAUGCAUCUGAAUGUCCUUGUGCUGUUAAAGCCAGAGAGAACAGAGAUGUCAGCCUAUUUGUAAACCAAUAUUCAAUAUUCAGCUUAUAGUUUCAAUAAUUUCAGGUUAUUUGUUAGUUUAAAUUUCUGAUUCGAUUGCAGCUUAAAUGAAUUACGUGAAAGGAUGCAAAGCAAAAGGUUGGUUCAUUUGUUGUUUUACAGAUGUCAUGAUUUCUUUAAUUCUUCUUUGAGAAAGUUUCUUGGAAAGAAGUCAUGUUUUCUUAUUUUAGAUUAUUAUUCUCUUCCAGAAGAAUUUCCAGGAUCCAUUUAUAUCCCAGUAAAUAUUUAUUCACCAUAGUUAUUAUUGGGAACUUUGUUUAUGUACCUUUUUAAUUCUAUGUUUAUUUCUAGACACAUUUAACACCUUGCCUGUCCAACUCCUCUCUCUCUCUCUAUAAACGGCACAGAAUCACACAAUUAUUAAUUAAUUAAUUAAAUUCGGACCUUUGUAAAUAAAUCGCUACCAGAAUUCCAAUGUAUCAACUAACUAUCGCAGUGCCUGUUAAGUGAUCGCUCUGCUAGGUCUCAUCCAUCGUGGACAUUUCUAUCACAUUGAUAUUGCUCUAUGUCUUAAACGCAGCAACCUUUGCACAGCAGCCUUAUCCGAACCAAAUAGCGUGCAUGGAGCCGUUCUCUGUAAACCCCCGCUGCUGUUUGUGUUCCCGUUUUCCCUCCGACCAUCUCUGUGAACUCCACGCAUUCCACUGGCGAGUCCCACAUUCCCCACGUGUACAGGAGAACGCGCACGAUGCCGUCACGGGUGUGCUUCAGUCUCUUUUAAUCGGUCUUUUUAAAGUGUAAGCUGAAAUGCCUUGGCUUGUUUUAAAUAAACAAAAGUUAUCGCUGUAA